AAAAUGUCUUCCUCUCCUGGUAUCACGCCGCGGGAGCAUGUGGACAUGAUGUACAUUUCUAUUGAGACAGCUAUUGCCCUGGCCUCAGUGUUGGGCAAUGUGCUGGUGGUGCUGGUGGUGUGUGUGAACCGGGCUCUCAGGGACACCACUUUCUGCUUCAUCGUGUCUCUGGCGGUGGCGGACAUCGCCGUGGGGGUUCUGGUCAUCCCUCUGGCUGUCAUCAUCAGCCUGGGACUGAACACUCAGUUCUACACCUGCCUCUUCCUCUCCUGCCUGCUGCUGAUUAUCACCCAGAGCUCCAUCCUUUCCCUGCUGGCCAUCGCCAUCGACAGAUACCUGCGAGUCAAGAUUCCCACCAAGUACAGCACUAUAGUGACCCAAAGGAGGGCAUGGGUGGGAGUUUGCCUGUGUUGGGUCCUCUCCUUCUUGGCAGGACUGGUUCCAAUGACUGGCUGGCACAACCAAGAUACACAUGGGAACUUCAGCAGCUCCAGAGACAUUGUCUGUAAAUUCACCAGCGUUAUGAGCAUGGACUACAUGGUGUACUUCAAUUUCUUUGGCUGGGUGGUGGUACCAUUGACCAUAAUGAUUGCUCUGUACGGGGAGAUCUUCCGAGUGAUCCGGCGGCAGCUUAACCGGCGUGCAGAAGCCACCUGUGAUGGGGACAGGUACUAUCAGAAGGAGCUGAAGCUGGCCAAGUCACUGGCCUUGGUGGUCUUUCUCUUUGCUCUAUGCUGGCUGCCACUGCACAUCAUGAACUGUAUCCAGUUCUUCUGCCCCAAGUGUCACGUGCCCAAGUUUGCCAUGUAUGCAGGCAUCUUCAUGUCCCAUGUUAAUUCAGCUCUCAAUCCGAUGGUUUAUGCUUUUAGGAUAAACCGGUUCCGUGUCACACUGAUCCAGAUAACUCACCGCUGCAUGUUGUGUAAGUCCACAGAGCCCAGCCCCUGUCCCACAAGCACGCCAGCCCUGACGGAGAAAACGGUUGUCAACCUGUAGCAAGGACUACAGGAUUCAAGUGAGGUUUACAGUGAGUUGAGGUAGUGCUGCAGUGAUGACACUUAUGGGACACUGUAAUAUCACAUGGAAUAUAAACCCAUAACAAAGCACUUUAUGGAGUCACAGGACAAGUUCAUUUCUGACCCCUUCACAUUUUUUUUGACACAGCCCAAUCUUUGUAAGAUUCUACUGCAAAUAUGGAAAAGAAUAAUAACCCUGUCAGCCUGCAUUAUGUUGUUUACAGUCAUGGCUGU